AUGGCGGGAGAGGGGAGCAAGAAGGAGAUGGAAUUCGUCCUCACACAGGCCAUGAGGGCCGGCAACAGUGUGAAGGCUCAGCGCGACCGCCUCCUGCAGCUCCAGCGCCGGCUGCAGCGCCUCCAGGCCGGCCCCGCCGCUCAAGACCACGACGCCAGGCUCGGGGUGCUCGCCACGGAUCUCUUCAAGGUCUACUUCAUCGGCCUGGAGUACGGCGCCCGCACGCUCACCACCUGCAUCCGCUUCGCCCGCCAGCAGGGCGUUCUCCUCUCCCGGCCCACCAUGGAUUUCGCCGUCAUGAACGACGAGCAGCUCCACGACGCGCUGCUCGCGCUCGCGCAGCAGUUCCCGCCCCGCCCCACCACCCGGACCCAGGCCAUCGACCGCGCCAUGGCCGCCCUCCUGGCCAUCAAGCUGCUGGAGGAGCACCUCCUGCCGCGCUGCGUCGAGUGCCUCGUCGGCGGCAAGGCCCCCGUCCCCGGCAAGCCCCGCGACCCCUGUCCCGGCUCGGUCGCCGCCGCCACCGAGGGCCUCGCCAAGGUCGACCUCUCCGACGCCACCGACACCGCCAAGACCGGCAGCAAGCCCCGUAACGCAGACGCGGCCAGAGGAGGCGGCGGCGAGGUGGACAAGGCGCUGGACUACAUGUACCGCGCAAGCAGGAUCGUGAGCCUCGCCGUGAAGCACAUCGACGUCGCCGUCGCAGUCCUCUCCCGCUUCCUCGACCCCAAGAAGCUCGCCAGCCUCACCGAGUUGUGCGACGACCACAUCUACAUCUCCGAGGACGGACCCUAUCCAUCAUCCGAUUGA